CAAGCGCUACGUUAUUUGAGCGGUGGUGUAGUCUAGACUUAAAAUAACUCAGUUUACCCAAGAAUCACAGAAUGAGAUCCUAGAACAUUUGAAUACAUACAUAUAUAAGGCUGUGCUGAUGUUGACUACGGAUUUAAUAUUGCGUGCUGUGCAUUAAGGACUGCCUUAAAGUACCCAAUAAAUGCUGUCAUGGAAACGUGUCGAUGUUGCGCUAAGUGUGACUUCGAUGGGAACAACAACUACUGGCUGGAUCUAUUCCAUCCGAGUCGUUGCCAAAAAGAAAUAGCGGAAAUUCGCUUAGAGCUCGUUAACUGGAAAUUACAGAUAUUUCCUAAUGAUGGACUACCACAAAAAAUAUGUAGCGAUUGCUUUAUGAAGUUUUUUUCCUUACACACGUUUCGUCUUGCUUGUCAGGAUGCACAAAUUAAGCUGUCAAAUAUUUUUGAUAAAAUCGAUGCUAACACGCUCUAUGAUAGGACGGAUAGUGCAGACGACAAUGAGAAGAGUGUUAAUAGUCACCAAAUAAAUACUGCCGGAAACAUAGAACACAACACAACACAAGCCACUACCAAUGUUGGUAUCACUAUAGAAUCAAAAGCAAACUUAAACGAGGUAGAUAAAACCUCGACCUCAUUGUGUGACGAUGAAGCAAACCGCUUUGUGGUUGGCGAUACCUUAAACGUUAGCUACGCUUGCAAAUUCUGCUACAAGUCAAAGGAUACUUACGAGCUCCAGCACUUGCUCCUGGAGCAUAUAAGUAGCGCACACAACCCAAAUGCGCCAUAUAGCUGUCCCAAGUGUCAGAAUAGCUUUCAAGAUGCAGCCUCACGUACUAUGCAUAUGAAAAGUUGUCAUGUGCUUAAGCUUUAUACAUGUGAAGUUUGCGGUAAGAAGUACGGAGAUCGACACAACCUAGGGCAUCAUGUAGAAAAAUAUCACUCGGGUACAGACUUUGAAUGCAGUAAAUGCGAAAAGCGAUUCUUUAGCCGCAAAAGCUUACAAUACCAUAUGAAUUGGCAUAAUCCGGAACGUCAGCUCAGAUGUCGUCACGACGGAUGCGAUAGAAUUUUUAUCAACCGGCGGCACCUUAAAUGUCACGAAGUUACUCACACUACAGAUCCCCGCAAAAGUGAAUACUGCUGCUUUUGCGGUAAAGCUUUUUUACAUCUGAAGACUUUGCGCUGGCAUAUUUAUCGACAGCAUGGUGGGGAGAAGCCUUUUAAAUGUGCUAUGUGCAUUGACGUCUUUUCGUCAUAUGUCGAGAAACGCAUUCAUAUGCUGAAACAACACAUGGAAAAUCUGACAGUGCAGGAGCGAAGCGAGUGUAUGUUCCAAUCUUGUCGUAAGGAAUUUGAAAGUGGAAAAGAACUUAUACAGCACAUGAACGAGAGUCAUUUGAAGCGUCAGGAUAUUUCUCCAGUAAUCGCUAAUAGUAAGCGUGUUCUCCAGCCUCAACGAGAAAGACAGUAUACAGGGCUUUUUCAAUGCGAGAACUGCACUCAAAGAUUUAAUAUGAAGUCAUCGCUGGAGCGUCACAUGGCUGUUCAUUCUACUGAUCGGUCGCACGCCUGUACUGAGUGCUCCAAGCGGUAUAAACGUGCCCAGGAUUUGAAGUGGCAUAUGAAGACGCACGACAAUAAUAAAUCCAAUGUGUGUAAUAUAUGCGGAAAGGCAUUUUUCCUAAAAUAUGUACUAACUCAGCACAUGCGAAGCCAUGAUGUUCUAGAAAAGAACUUUAAAUGCGACAAGUGCGGACGCUCUUAUCUGUUUGAGAAAUCCCUUCGCCUACACGAACGUAUCCAUUCAGAUGAUACAUAUUACAAGUGUGACUUUUGUCAGGAGUGCUUUGUAACACAUGUUAAGUUAAAAACGCAUAUUAAAAAAGUUCAUGAAAAUUUCAAUUCCCCGGAUAAUUUUAUGACUGGUUCGAGUUUCCAAGUGUAAGAACGCACGAACAGAUGAACAAGGAGACAAAAUCCAAUUAAUUCAGUUGUCUUCCUGAUCAAACUUUAUGGGUCCUAAUCUUACAAGUUUACCUAAAAUCUACAUAUAAGAAAUACUUAAAAAUAGGCAUAUUCAGAUUUUGAAAAUCAACCCGGGAACGCCUGAAAACUUAAAUUUUCUAUAAUGGUGGGGAAACCUAAUUAGAAAGUUGAAAAAUUGGAUUUUUAUACACUUUGACAUUUUUGUAAAAAAUGGAAAAAGGGUAUUAUAAAGUGUCUCAAAUGUAUGGUAACGGGGAGAAGGAGGCGUGGCAGCCCCAUAAAGUAAUAUAUAUUCCCUG